UUCGGUUUAGAAGAGUGGCUCCUGAAUUUUGCUCUAGCGAGCUUGAUGUCGUUGAUGCUCCGCUUUUCCCCUGUCAUUCUCGGCGCUAUGGCUCGGGUUGGGGCUGGGAUUGGGGUUGGUUUCAGCUGUUGAAACUCUCGUAGCCACCCACAGUUCCAUUGCCUGCUCGAUCUCGUAAUCUCUAACAAGUCGUUGGUGGUCUGAGAUCGGCAAGUUCGCAACGACAGAUAUUUAUUCAUCGCAUGCGACAGAUAACCACGCCAACGAACUCCAAGCGCGUUGAUCAGACAAAGUGGGUGCACCCUCAUUCGCAGGCCGACCGCGUCUUUGAACAUUGGCAAAAGCUAAGUGUCAUCAUCGCAUGGGCAUCCGUCUCCUUGUUGAUAAUGAUGUUGACGGUGACAGGCAACUUUCCCCACUUGAUCAAGAAAACUUCGACCGAAUGGGCACCUCACCAGGUCCCAUAGAGACCAUGCUAACGACUAGUAAUCACCAGCAGCUAGACGGUACCCUAGUCUGCGCGUUGAACCGGGCCACUAACCACUCCUAAUUUCCACCAACUCAAUCGACACGCCUGAUCGUUUGGGAGCACGGCCUCUCCACAAUUUCCCGUACUGUCAGACGCAUGUUGUUUAUAUGCUUUCGCCUGAUCAAAUCAUCAGUAAGGCAA